AGAGGGGAGGGGACAGAGAGGUGUCCUCGGCACAGACCCUGCCCAUGAGCCUGAGAAGUGCUCCUGCCCUGGGAAGAGGCUCAGCACAGAAGGAGGAAGGACAGCACAGCUGACAGCCGUGCUCAGAAAGUUUCUGGAUCCCAGGAUCAUCUCCACAGAAGAGAACACGCAGGCAGCACAGGCCAUGGGGCCCCUCUCAGUGCCUCCCUGCACACUGCACAUCACCUGGAAGGAGCUCCUGCUCACAGCAUCACUUUUAAUCUUCUGGAACCCACCCACCACUGCCCAAGUCAUGAUUGAAGCUCAACCAACCAAAGUUUCUGAGGGCAAGGAUGUUCUUCUACUUGUCCACAAUUUGCCCCAGAAUCCUGCUGCCUACGUCUGGUACAAAGGGCAAAUAAUGGACUUCUACCAAUUCAUUAUAGAAUAUACAAGAUACCCUGAUAGAAUUCUAUUUGGGCCUGCAUACAGUGGACGAGAAACACUAUAUUCCAAUGGAUCCCUGCUGAUCCAGAAUGUCACCAAGCAGGACACAGGAUCCUACACCGUAAAAAUCAUGAAGCGAAUUGAUGAGACUAAAGGAGUAACUGGACAUUUCACCUUAUACCAUGAGUGA